AUGUCUCAAUGUUCUGAUGAUUCUCCCGUGAAGCUGAUACUCAAAGGCUGGUUCCUCCUCCGGAAGUACAUCCUGACGAUCCCCAGGUUCGACCUGUUCCUGCAGGGCGCGCUGCUCAUCGUCGUGUUCUUGGAGAGUUACGUCUUCCUGCUGCUGAGGAGGAGCGCUCAGACUGGAUACAUAAAGACUCUUAAUGAAGAUUGGGUGCAGUUAGGGGUGGGAGGUGCAGAGUUCCUGCUAGGAGCCGUGGUGGCGUGGUGGGGACGGGGGAUGAGACACUUCGCGCUGUCGGGCUGGCUCGGGGCCACGGCGGUGUCCGGCCUGAUCGUGCUGGCGUUCCCUUUCGCUGAGUCUGGUCGACCGCCGGUGGAGCUCUGCGGUGGAGGCAUCAUCUCAACGUACUCUGACCUGCAUCAGCACGAAGUAGUCGAGGAUGAGUUUCUGGCGCCUCGGAUGGUGUUCCUGAUCCUCACAGCAUUGUUGUGCGCCCUCACCAAGAUCAGCGUGUGGGCGCAUGGGAUAACGUACCUGGAUGACCAUCAACCGGAGAACGGACCAUAUUUUUAUGGAAUCCUGAUCUCAAUCCGUCUGUCCCUCGGUCUGAGUGGCCAGAACUGGAUGCGGGAGGUGUCGCUGAGGGACGACUGGUGGGAGGCGCAGAUCUCCCUCUCCAUGCUCACCCUCAUGUUCUGCAUACUUUUCACUCUCUUUCCAAGGAGGAUGGAGGGUUACAAGGAGUUCGACGAAAAGGAAUACAAUUGUAUCUUGAUCCCAAUCGGUCGCAUGCUACGUAACAAGGCGUUAGUGAUUCAGACCGUCGCGAUCUCUCUACUCAACACAGCUAUAUUCGGAUAUGUGAAUUAUGACAUGCCCACGAUACAGGCAAAGUUUCACGUGGAAACGCUGAGGCAGGACCCGCGCACCACACGGACGAUCAUGGACAUCUUCCGUUCCCUCGUCCUCAUUUUCUUUGUCUCGAUAUUCAGAAUGCGCUUCUCAGUCCGCCGCAGCGAUGGCGUGAAGUCCAACACAGCGUCCAAAGUGGGCGGCGGCGUAUGCGUGCUCGUGGUGGCCUUCUUCAGUGUGCUGGCGGGCCUGCACUGCAGCACGGGGCCCAUCGACGGGCUGAGCAACGGACAGUACUUGCAGCCUGCCUGUAGCGCGGACUGUGGGUGCGGUUCUCAGAGCUACGGCUUCGUGCCGGUGUGUAUCCUGAACACGUCCACCACGUACUUCUCGCCGUGCCACGCGGGCUGCCAGGAGUAUAAAGACCUCAAUGGAUUCCUACUGUUCGAUGAAUGCAAGUGCGGCCCUCACCUUGCUGUGCGAGGGAGCUGCACUCUUCCAGAUUGCUGGCUGCCCUACUCCAUCUACCUGGUCUUCUUCACCAUGGUCCUCGCUGCUGGAGCGGCAUCGUUCCUCAUGCAAGGAAUGGUGAUACUGCGCGCGGUGCCGCGGAGAGACAAGCCCAUCGCCAUCGGCGUCAGCUUCGCCCUCAUCGGGCUACUGUCGCAUGUGCUGGGACACUUCUUGUACAUGGUCAUCAAUUACUUCACAUGCGCAUAUGAAGUGGACGGCGUGUGUCUCUUCCACAACUACGAGAUCUGGUCAAUCGGCGCGGUGAGCGCAGGUCUGGCAGCGCUGUCCGGCGUGCUCAGCAUAGUCGCCAGCCGGUUCCCGCCCGCGCCAGAGCUCCUCGUAGCAGACGGCUACAGCAACGGCAGAUGAUAGAGGCUUUAUAAUGUAUCAUCAACAUCAUCAUUAUCCAUUAACCCCCGUCGUAGCGACCGGUCAAAAGAA